UGUUGUCAUAAGGCAGGGCAGGCUGAACGAGUAAGUACCGUAGGACACGUCUGCCCAACUAGUUGAUGUUUUUUUUUAAAUAUUCAGCCUUUUUAUGCUUCUUUUUUAAAGGUUUAGUGUAGUAUUAAUGAGUGCGUGAGCAAAGAGGGGUGUUAGUUUUGAUUUAAAUACAAAUGCAAGUGGAAGGAAGCUAGCAUCCCAGGCUAAACGUCGAGUUUGGGUUCACUUUAAUCGAUUAGCGAACUGCUUCGGUCGUUUAGUAUUCCUUUAAAAUCACCGAAAAGCCUCAAUCCAAAAUGAGUGCUGGUGUAGCGAAGCCAGCGCCAUCAUCUGCGCAUUCCGAUCCGAAGUCGGCGCCUCUGAAAGAGAUCCCAGAUAUCCUGGUUGACCCCCGCACUUCGAAGAAAUACACGAGAGGAAGAUUUCUCGGGAAGGGGGGCUUCGCCAAAUGCUACGAAAUUACCGACAUGAAGACAAAGCAGGUGUUCGCUGGGAAAGUGGUGCCCAAAGCUCUGAUUUUGAAGCAGCACCAGAGGGAGAAGAUGACGUCUGAGAUCGCCAUUCACAAGAGCCUCAACCAUCCGAACAUCGUGGGCUUCCAGGGCUUCUUCGAGGACGACGACUUUGUAUUUGUGGUGCUGGAAAUCUGCAGAAGAAGGUCUUUGUUGGAGCUGCACAAACGCAGGAAGGCUGUGACAGAACCAGAGGCCCGGUAUUACAUGACCCAGCUGCUGAAGGGAGUCCACUACCUGCACAACAACAGAGUCAUCCACAGAGACCUGAAGCUGGGAAACAUCUUCCUCAAUGAUGACAUGGAGGUCAAGAUAGGGGACUUUGGUUUGGCCACUAAAAUAGAGUUUGAUGGUGAACGGAAGAAGACGCUGUGUGGAACGCCUAACUACAUCGCCCCUGAGGUUCUCUGUAAGAAAGGCCACAGUUACGAAGUGGAUGUCUGGUCACUCGGCUGCAUACUGUACACUUUACUGGUGGGUAAGCCCCCGUUUGAGACCUCCUGUCUGAAGGAAACAUACAGCCGCAUUAAGAAAAACCACUACGUCAUCCCCUGGCAUAUCAACCCAGCUGCAGCGUCUCUGAUCAAGAGGAUGUUGCACGCCGAUCCUGCUCAGAGGCCAACUAUCUCUCAGCUGGAACAGGACGAGUUCUUCACGUCAGGCUACGUCCCAAUGCGCCUGCCAACCACGUGCCUCACAGUGGCCCCGCGCUUCUCUAUCGCACCUUCCACCGCUGCAGAGCUCAGCCAGCGCCGUCCCCUCACUGCUUUGAAUAACAAGGAUGGGACUGAGAAAAUGGAGCUAAAAGAUGAGCCUGUGCCAGAAGCACAAUGCCAACCAUCAGAAAACCACCUGAAAGACAUGCUGCAGCAGCUCAACAGCAUCAUGGCCUCCAAGCCACUGGACAAGGCAGUGGUCAGGCAAGACGAAGCAGAGGAUCCUGCAUGCAUUCCCAUUUUCUGGAUCAGCAAAUGGGUUGAUUACUCGGACAAAUAUGGACUUGGCUACCAGCUGUGUGAUAACAGUGUGGGUGUUCUGUUCAAUGAUUACACUCGGCUCAUUAUGUACGCGGAUGGAGACAGCCUGCAGUAUAUUGAUAAGACGGCAGCAGAGUCCUACAUGAGUGUGCGCUCCUUCCCCCCUACGCUGAACAAGAAGAUUACGCUGCUGAAGUACUUCCGUAACUACAUGAGCGAGCACCUGCUGAAAGCCGGUGCCAACGUGGCACGGCAGGAAGGGGACGAGCUUGCGCGGCUGCCGUACCUUUCGCUGUGGUUUAGAACAAAGAGCGCCAUCGUCCUGCACCUCACCAACGGACUGGUUCAGAUCAACUUCUUCCAGGACCACACCAAGCUCAUCCUGUGCCCGCUGAUGGGGGCUGUGACCUACAUAGACGAGAAGCAGGGCUUCCGCACCUACAAGCUGUCGCUGCUGGAGGAAUUUGGCUGCGGCAAGGAACUGGCUAGCCGCCUGCGCUACGCCAGGCUCAUGGUGGAGAAACUGCUGGAAAACAAGUCCUCUGCUGCACAGUAAACAUCUUUUCCAGGAUUCUUCACCAUUUGACACUGACUCAAACCUUUGAAUGAUCUUUUAUUGGGGCAGGCAGUGCAACUUAUCUCACCUGUAAAUGCUCUAUAUAAUGAAAAUGCCUUUCAUGUGUCAAAGUGUCACUUCCUGCUCAUGUUUUUAAAUGUUUCUGCUGUUAAUAGAAACUUUCAUUCUUACCGUGACUUUAAUUAAGCUUUCCUUUACACUCGGCUGCUGUAUUGCAAACAGCUACGGAUAAUCUUGAAAAUACUUUUUCUACUUUGUUUGUGCACUAUGGUCUGUUGUUUGAAGUUUAGAGGUGGGAAGCAUUUCAGACUGAGCCUAUGGUGUCCAUGUGGAUUAAAGUAGGCCUCUCCAACCUCUUUUCUGUUUCUAAGUCGGUUUUCUGUGUGUAGAAUUAGACCAUGUUGAUGUUGAACAUGUACAUUCUUCCUGUUCUUAUAUAUUUUUUUUAACUUGGGACUUUCCGAUGAGAUGUGCAUUUGUACAAUUGUACAUACUGUUGAGGAUGCUUCCCUUUUUGUAAAAAUGGUGUACCUCUGUUUAAAUAAAGAUUCCAUUGAAAUUGUCA